GGCGUUUUAUCAACCAGACAGUGGAAAUUUUGAGCCCCUGCAGAGAAAAAAUGGACGCCAUUGAUUCCGUCUUCGAUCCACUCCGGGAGUUCGCCAAGGACAGCGUACGUCUCGUCAAGCGCUGUCACAAGCCUGAUCGCAAAGAGUUCACAAAGGUCGCGGUUCGUACAGCGAUCGGCUUCGUGGUGAUGGGAUUCGUCGGUUUCUUCGUCAAGCUCAUCUUUAUCCCCAUCAAUAACAUCAUCGUUGGAUCUGGUUAGGCAGCUGAGGCCACAAAAGGAGCAAAAGCUGGCCAAAAUAGAUCUACUAUUUCAAAUCCUUACUGAUGUUUUUGUUAAUUUAAAAGCUUAAUUUCUCUUCCAUAUGGUAAGUAGCAGACUUCCAUGAAUGGCUGUAACGAAUUGUCAGGAUUAUGUCUUACUUUCUGAUUAAUCCAAUGUGUUUUGUUCAUGGUUACUGGUUAUUUUAGAGUAAUAAAGGAACAAGUUUUGGCUUCGUCA